GAGCAUCCUGCGCCCCGGCGCGGGCCACCGCAGUAGGCUCGGGCCGCUCCCCUAGACCUGCCGCAGACCCAGGGCAGCCCUCCCCCUCCAUGGGUAUACACCGUCUGAAAAGGAAGAGAAGGGCGUGCUCUGCGUGUGGCAGUGGGGACGGCGGCGGAAGCCUGGUCCGAGAGGAGUGUGGUUGUAUUGAGAACCCUGCAGAGAAGGACGCUGGGACUGCCCAGGGGAGUUGGUCUCUGUGACCAAGGAACCCAGCCCCAGGUUGACCUGCAGAAGGUAGCCAAAGAAAGCGUGAUAAGAUGUGGUGUCAGCAAGGGCUUCAGCUGGGUAGUGCUCCUGAGUAGCACACUGAAGUGCGGACAACAGAAACUGCCACCAUGACCACCCACGUCACCCUGGAAGACGCCCUGUCCAACGUGGACCUGCUGGAAGAGCUGCCCCUCCCUGACCAGCAGCCAUGCAUCGAACCCCCGCCUUCCUCCAUCAUGUACCAGGCUAACUUUGACACAAACUUCGAGGACAGGAAUGCGUUUGUCACAGGCAUUGCAAGGUACAUUGAGCAGGCUACAGUCCACUCCAGCAUGAAUGAAAUGCUGGAGGAAGGGCACGAGUAUGCGGUCAUGCUAUACACCUGGCGCAGCUGUUCCCGGGCCAUCCCCCAGGUGAAAUGCAACGAGCAGCCCAACCGAGUGGAGAUCUAUGAGAAGACAGUGGAGGUGCUGGAGCCGGAGGUCACUAAGCUCAUGAAGUUCAUGUACUUUCAGCGCAAGGCCAUCGAGCGCUUCUGCAGUGAGGUGAAACGGCUGUGCCACGCUGAGCGGAGGAAAGACUUUGUCUCCGAGGCCUACCUCCUGACCCUGGGCAAGUUCAUCAACAUGUUCGCAGUCUUGGACGAGCUGAAGAAUAUGAAGUGCAGCGUCAAGAACGAUCACUCUGCCUACAAGAGGGCGGCGCAGUUCCUGAGGAAGAUGGCGGACCCCCAGUCUAUCCAGGAGUCCCAGAACCUGUCCAUGUUCCUGGCCAACCACAACAGGAUCACCCAGUGUCUCCACCAGCAGCUGGAAGUGAUCCCAGGCUAUGAGGAGCUGCUGGCCGACAUUGUCAACAUCUGUGUGGAUUACUACGAGAACAAGAUGUAUCUGACCCCCAGUGAGAAGCACAUGCUCCUCAAGGUAAUGGGUUUUGGUCUCUACCUGAUGGAUGGAAAUGUCAGUAACAUUUACAAACUGGAUGCCAAGAAGAGAAUCAACCUCAGCAAAAUCGAUAAGUUCUUUAAGCAGCUGCAGGUGGUGCCCCUUUUCGGCGACAUGCAGAUAGAGCUGGCCAGAUACAUUAAGACCAGUGCUCACUAUGAAGAGAACAAGUCCAAGUGGACGUGCACCCAGAGCAGCAUCAGCCCCCAGUACAAUAUCUGCGAGCAGAUGGUUCAGAUCCGAGAUGACCACAUCCGCUUUAUCUCCGAACUCGCUCGCUACAGCAACAGUGAGGUGGUGACCGGCUCCGGGCUGGACAGCCAGAAGUCGGACGAGGAGUACCGCGAGCUCUUUGACCUGGCCCUGCGGGGCCUGCAGCUCUUGUCCAAGUGGAGCGCCCACGUCAUGGAGGUGUACUCCUGGAAGCUCGUUCACCCCACGGACAAGUUCUGCAACAAGGACUGCCCGGGCACGGCCGAGGAGUAUGAGCGAGCCACCCGCUACAACUACACCAGUGAGGAGAAGUUUGCCUUCGUCGAGGUGAUCGCCAUGAUCAAAGGCCUGCAGGUGCUCAUGGGCAGGAUGGAGAGCGUCUUCAACCAGGCCAUCAGGAACACCAUCUACGCAGCCCUGCAGGACUUUGCCCAGGUGACCCUGCGUGAGCCCCUCAGGCAGGCAGUGCGGAAGAAGAAGAAUGUCCUCAUCAGUGUCCUACAGGCAAUUCGGAAAACCAUCUGUGACUGGGAGGGAGGCCGAGAGCCCCCCAAUGACCCGUGCUUGAGAGGGGAGAAGGACCCCAAAGGUGGAUUUGACAUCAAGGUGCCCCGGCGUGCCGUGGGGCCCUCCAGCACACAGGCCUGCCAGUGGUCCCCGCGGGCUUUGUUUCACCCCACUGGUGGCACACAGGGCCGAAGAGGCUGCCGAUCCCUGCUGUACAUGGUGCGGACCAUGCUUGAAUCGCUCAUCGCAGACAAAAGUGGCUCCAAGAAGACCCUGCGGAGCAGCCUGGACGGACCCAUCGUCCUCGCCAUAGAGGACUUCCACAAGCAGUCCUUCUUCUUCACCCACCUGCUCAACAUCAGUGAAGCCCUGCAGCAGUGUUGCGACCUCUCCCAGCUCUGGUUCCGAGAAUUCUUCCUGGAGUUAACCAUGGGCCGGCGAAUCCAGUUCCCUAUUGAGAUGUCCAUGCCCUGGAUUCUAACAGACCAUAUCCUGGAAACCAAAGAACCUUCCAUGAUGGAAUACGUCCUCUACCCUUUGGAUCUGUACAACGACAGCGCCUACUAUGCUCUGACUAAGUUUAAAAAGCAGUUCCUGUAUGAUGAGAUCGAAGCUGAGGUGAACCUGUGUUUUGAUCAGUUUGUCUACAAGCUGGCGGACCAGAUCUUUGCUUACUACAAAGCAAUGGCUGGCAGUGUCCUGUUGGAUAAACGUUUUAGGGCUGAAUGUAAGAAUUAUGGAGUCAUCAUUCCAUACCCACCAUCCAACCGCUACGAAACGCUGUUGAAGCAGAGACACGUCCAGCUGUUGGGUAGAUCAAUUGACUUGAACAGACUCAUUACCCAGCGCAUCUCUGCCGCCAUGUAUAAAUCCUUGGACCAGGCCAUCAGCCGCUUUGAGAGUGAGGACCUGACCUCCAUCGUGGAGCUGGAGUGGCUGCUGGAGAUCAACCGGCUCACACACCGGCUGCUGUGUAAGCACAUGACCCUGGACAGCUUCGAUGCCAUGUUCCGGGAGGCCAAUCACAACGUGUCUGCCCCCUACGGCCGCAUCACCUUGCACGUCUUCUGGGAGCUGAACUUCGACUUUCUCCCCAACUACUGCUACAAUGGGUCCACCAACCGUUUUGUCCGAACUGCCAUUCCUUUCACCCAAGAACCGCAAAGAGAUAAACCUGCCAACGUCCAGCCUUAUUACCUCUAUGGGUCCAAGCCUCUCAACAUUGCCUACAGCCACAUCUACAGCUCCUAUAGGAACUUCGUGGGACCCCCUCAUUUCAAGACCAUCUGCAGACUCCUGGGUUACCAGGGCAUCGCUGUGGUCAUGGAGGAACUGCUGAAGAUCGUCAAGAGCUUGCUCCAAGGGACCAUUCUCCAAUAUGUGAAAACACUGAUCGAGGUCAUGCCCAAGAUAUGCCGCCUGCCCCGGCAUGAGUACGGCUCCCCAGGGAUCCUGGAGUUCUUCCACCACCAGCUGAAGGACAUCAUCGAGUACGCAGAGCUCAAAACCGACGUGUUCCAGAGCCUGAGGGAGGUGGGGAACGCCAUCCUGUUCUGCCUGCUUAUCGAGCAAGCUCUGUCUCAGGAGGAAGUCUGUGAUUUGCUCCAUGCUGCACCCUUCCAAAACAUCUUGCCUAGAGUCUACAUCAAAGAGGGGGAGCGUUUGGAGGUCCGGAUGAAACGCCUGGAAGCCAAGUACGCGCCACUUCACCUGGUCCCUCUGAUAGAGCGGCUGGGGACCCCUCAGCAAAUCGCCAUCGCUCGGGAGGGCGACCUGCUGACCAAGGAGCGGCUCUGCUGCGGCCUGUCCAUGUUCGAGGUCAUCCUGACCCGCAUCCGGAGCUACCUGCAGGACCCCAUCUGGCGGGGCCCCCCGCCCACCAACGGCGUCAUGCACGUCGACGAGUGCGUGGAGUUCCACCGGCUGUGGAGUGCCAUGCAGUUCGUCUACUGCAUCCCCGUGGGAACCAACGAGUUCACGGCUGAGCAGUGUUUUGGAGACGGCCUGAACUGGGCUGGCUGCUCCGUCAUCGUCCUGCUGGGCCAGCAGCGUCGCUUCGACCUGUUCGACUUCUGUUACCACCUGCUGAAAGUACAGAGGCAGGACGGGAAGGAUGAAAUCAUUAAGAAUGUGCCCCUGAAGAAGAUGGCAGACAGGAUCAGGAAGUACCAGAUCUUGAACAAUGAGGUUUUUGCCAUCCUGAACAAGUACAUGAAGUCCGUGGAGACGGACAGCUCCACCGUGGAGCAUGUGCGCUGCUUCCAGCCACCCAUCCACCAGUCCCUGGCCACCACCUGCUAGGCGGAAGGUCCUGCAAACCCUCGACCUGGAGGAGAAGAAGCAGGAGAGAGAAAGCCACAGCCAGCCUGCAACAGGGUCCGACUGGACAGUGUGUGGGAUGGACCUGGAAGCAAACAAGAAACUCCCCAAACACAUCUGCACCUCCUGAGGGCUGGGCCUGUGCAUGCUCUCCCACGACAUCUCCAUGGUGGUUUCUCCAUAGUGUAAAUGAAAAAAAAAAAAAAAAGAAAAGAAAAGAAACAGGGCAGUAUAUGCUUUUUCCUUUUUUACUUUUUUUUCCCUCAGCUGUGUUAAGAGCCCUAGUUUUACCCUUUCUCCAUCUCGUGGUCUCCUCCAUCUGUGGUUGCUUCCCAAGACCUCCUCCUCAGAUGGCGACCUCCAACCCAAUGCCCACGUGCCACCCCAGGACCGAAGUCUUAGAGAUGGAGAAAAGAGUGUGGUGAUGCCCCAAGAUGCCAGCCUGGCCACGUGUCCACUUCCUAGCAUCUUCACCUCCUCUGGCUCCCUCCCUCCACUUCCCAAGAGGGCAUCUUCUUCUGCUCUGGACGCCAGGGAUUCUACCACCAAGAGUACUCCCGGACCAGGCGCUGAGAGCCAUGGUGAAUGGGAGACGAGGUUCCUGGUAUCGGUACCGUGGUAGAUGGUGUUGUGGUGUUGCCUUUGACCUUCCAUGGACUCCCAAAACCACAUCCUGACUCCCCUCUCAGGGCACUCCUACAGGGAAUUCAGAAAUGCAUUCACAACUGGAAUGGGUGAGUAGAACUGGGGUAAGAAGAUGGUCAGGACCGCUAUGUAGAAGCAGUAUUUAUGAACACAGCCAGGGAUUCCAUAGUCCGAAACAGAAAGCUAUUAGACCAUCUCAUCAGCUUGAUGGUGAGAGGGUCCUUUAUUCAUUGAGCAAAUGCUUAGUGAGCACCAAGCAUUUGCUCAAUGAAUAAAGGACCCUCUCACCAUCAAGCUGAUGAGAUUACAGGGUAAUGGACACUGGGGCUACAGCUUUGAACAGGCCAGGCAUGCACUGCCCACCGCAUUAGCCAGCGACCAAAUUAGGGGCCACAUCUUGGCACAGAAUCUCUCAUCAAGGAAAACUGUCACAAGAAAGAAAAUAUUAAAGGGUUAUUUUAAUAGAAGUCAGAAACAUCUUGGGGUCAAGGAGGUAAGGAAUAUAAAUAAUACUUGUCAACGAGCUUUUAAUACCAAAAUAUACCCCAAAGAGGAAUCCUGUUCUAGUGAAUCAGAACUUUUGUUGUCCUAGAAGCUGAAAGAUUCCGGAGACAUUUUAUCUUUGGCUGUCAACUUCCUUGAUGUUCCUUAACUUAGAUUUUGAGGUAUGGGGUAUAUCUCACAGGGACGUGUCUACUUCCGUUUCCCUGACUGAACCAAAAUUCCCUGCAGAAUCUCCUACCAAGCAUGGGGAGACUGUUUAGAAGGACGGAAGCCUUUGGGAAGUGAAUUUCUCAUGGCAGAGCACCUCAUCAUCAAAGGGAAUCUGUGACCCUGAGCUUGUAAGAACAUAUAAAGUGUGACAGCGGAUAUUUCUCCCCCAGCCCAGGAAGGAAAAGAAAGAGAGAAAAUAGAACAGUAAUGAUCUGCUCCCUCAGGGCAGAUGAAUGGAAAUGGUUUCCAUUAACCACAUGGCCCACUUCAACCCCAUGACAAGAGCAAAGACGUGUCCAUAGCAAGAGGUUUGUGUUACCCACUCAUGCUCACCAGGGAGGAGAGAGGUGGGGCUCGCCAAAGUAUGGUCCAAAGGCCACAUACAUCAGGACCUCCUGAGAUUAGCACGUUUAAUGCAGAUUCCUGGGCCCCAUCUCACACCCAUUAAUUCUACAUCUCUGGGAGCAGGGUCAAGAAAUCUGCACUUGCCACAAGCUGGAUUGUUCUGUUGCACAUGAAAAUCUGAGGACCACUGCUAUAGAGGCCCCCUGCACUGCUACCCUUGGGCUUUGAGCUCCCUCUGAGCCAUGAAAGAAAAUAUUUGUUGGGAAGGAAAGUGACUCAAGGUGGAAGCUGUCAGAUCCUCCUGUCUGGAGCUGCCACUUCCUAUCCUGAUUUCUCAUUUUUUUCUUCUUGAUGACCAUAGAUGUAUCCCAAAGGCAAAAGUGAGGCAUUACACCACAUGGGAGAACCACCAGGUAAAACUCACCUUCAAAACCCACAUAAAAUUUCUAAGAUCCAGAGCCUUCUGAGUCUUCAUUCCUGUCUGGGAACAGUAGCUGGCUCACUCUCUCAGAUUAAGUCUGGCUAUUAAGUCCUGGAGAUCAUUCUAAAUCCUUGACCAUUGCUUUGCGGAGAUUUGGAUCACCUGUUGGAUGAGAUUGCUAUUUCAACAGUCCACCCCUCCCACCCUGCAUUCAUAGCCCUGAAUUUGACCCUCUGGGCAGAAUCCCAUUAUCCUCAAGAGAUUUGAUCCCAGUAAAUUGAGGUCUUCACCUUUAGGAGAGACGAUUUAUUUCCCUGGCUCACCAGCAGCAUUGAUUUACGAACACCGAAAGGGUUUAAUAUUCUUUCCUUCCUGGUGUUACUGCCCACCCCCACUUUUGAUUUUUUGUGUAUCUAAGAACCAGGAAAAAUAAAAUCUUAGGUUUUAAAAGGUUAAAAAAAAUUCUGUUUCAGAAACUGUCAAAUGUACCAUAUUUGUAUUAAGAGUUGUUGGGGAUUUUUGUACAAUGAAUUUACAUUUAUUUAUGGUGACUUAUAUUUACGCUUGUGAUCAAAUAAUGAUGUUAAAUUCUUAAAUCAUAUUUGCUAUGCAGCUGAAGAUGAUAUUUUGCUUUGUAUUUUGGGGUACCUGUGUUGAGUUGAUAAACAUUUCCAUCUCCAUUAAAACUGCUUCCAAACUA